UUCUGUUUCCAGCAGAGUUUUUCAGGACCGCACUGCUGAUGUAACUUUCAUUUCCUCUUAGACGAGGGUCACACACAUGAGCGCAGAGUUGGUUUAGUGGCCGGUUUGCCGAGCUGUAGUUAUCUGUGCUGAGGAUUUUAGAAAGAAAAGAUGAUGUUACGGACGUUGUGUCGGAGGAGCGCCGCCAUCUUACAGCAAACCCAGCAGUCCGCACCGAGGCUUUGGGUCACGCCGGCUCAGCAGCGCUGGGCCUCCACUCUGCCCAUGAACACCGUGGUUCUGUUCGUGCCCCAACAGGAAGCCUGGGUGGUGGAGAGGAUGGGUCGCUACCACCGCAUCUUAGAACCCGGUUUAAACUUCCUCAUCCCUGUGCUUGACAAAAUUCGCUACGUGCAGAGUCUGAAGGAAAUUGUGAUUGACGUUCCAGAGCAGUCUGCUGUAUCUCUAGAUAACGUAACACUGCAGAUUGAUGGAGUUCUUUACUUAAGGAUCCUAGACCCGUUUAAGGCCAGCUACGGUGUUGAGGAUCCAGAGUACGCAGUCACACAGUUGGCCCAGACCACCAUGCGUUCUGAGUUGGGAAAACUGACUCUGGACAAAGUUUUCCGGGAACGGGAGUCCCUGAAUUCCAACAUCGUCCACUCCAUCAACCAAGCUUCAGAUGAUUGGGGGAUCCGCUGCCUCCGUUAUGAAAUCAAGGACAUACACGUCCCGCCUCGGGUCAAAGAAUCCAUGCAGAUGCAGGUGGAGGCUGAGCGUAAAAAGCGAGCCACGGUUCUGGAGUCUGAAGGAACGAGAGAGUCUGCUAUUAAUGUCGCUGAGGGUCGGAAACAAGCUCAGAUCCUGGCCUCAGAGGGAGAAAAGGCAGAGCAGAUCAAUAAAGCGGCUGGUGAAGCCCAAGCAAUUGUAGCCAAAGCUGAGGCUAAAGCUAAAGCCAUCCAUCUGCUGUCUGAUGCUCUGACCGAGCAGAAUGGAAACGCAGCUGCUUCCCUGAGUGUGGCUGAACAAUACGUCUCUGCAUUCUCCAACCUGGCCAAACAGACCAACACCAUCCUCCUGCCCUCUAACACCGGUGACAUCACAGGAAUGGUCACACAGGCUAUGACCAUUUACAGCACGCUGGCAAAGACCACUCCAGCAACGUCAGUGGAGGCAGCGCAGGUGAAGAAGGAGGAGCUUCCUGAUUUUUUGGUGUCACCUGAAGAGCAGAGGACUCAGUGAAUGAACUCAGGAUGUUGAACGAUUCAGAAAACGAUGAAGCAGUUCCAGUCGAGGCUCUGAUAACCGAGCAGUUCACUCAGUUUUCACCUGAUGGGACUAAAAGGAAAACAUGCCAGCUGUAUGAGGUCGUCUGAUGUCUUUCCACUGGAUUCUGGAGAAGAUCAUCUCUUUCAUUAGACCCUUACAGACUGUUGUUUAUGUUCACUGAUGGUCAGAGUUAGGGAAAUUACUUCAGCAUCCAUGAGAGAUUUCUUACACCUGUGACAGAAAUGUUGGCCCAUGCAAAAAUACUCAUGUUGUUGCAUACUUAUUUUACUUUAUACAGCUUCCUCCACAACUAUUGGUACUCUUAAUAAAGAUGUAUGAAAGGCCUUCAUAUAAAUAAAUGUAUCUCUUAUGCAGUAAUAUCAUCUCAGUUCUCGAGCAGUGAGGUUUAGAGAUUUGUUUUACCUUCCUUGUCAUCCUCCUGACGAUGGUGUGAAAAUCAACUUGGUCCUUCAUCCAGCCUCGUCUGCCCCAGCUCCAGUUGGUUUUAACUUCGUUUUAUUGCUCGGAUGCUAGAUUUGGGAAAAGUUUGGCCUGUAGUCCUUUCCUGACAUUUGGAGAUCGACAUAAAUCUGCCUUUCCUGAAUAGCAUGUUUUCUUGUCUUUCCCAGUUUGAAGAGCAGCUGGAUGAAAAGGGAGUAGACCUAAAAGAAAAAAAAAAGUUUAAAAAUACAAAAAUAAAUUCUACUUUAUUUAAUAUGAAUUGUUAGGGGUUUUAUUGGUUUUUGUAUGUUCUUAAAUGAGAUGAUGCUACUGCAGCGAAAGAUGAAGACUUUUUACACAUCCUUACCAGGGGUACCAAUGAAUGUAGAGGUCAGUCUGAGUUAUCAUGUUAAACUUCAUAAACCUGUUUAAUAUUCAACCUAAGUUAGUGAGUUUCAUUUUUCGUUCCUGAGAGUUUUUUCGGUAACUGAUCAUGAGCGGCACUGAGCCUCUGUGGGACCAGUCUGUGCGUUGAUGCAUGAAGGCUCCCAGAUUUGUAGUUAACUCACUCUGUGAACCAUUUCCUGUUGAACCUUAACCUAAAGCUAAUAAAAGCGUGUGCACUGCG